GAAUGUUUUUGCACUGCUUGCGGUACUAGCGGUGAUAGGAUCAGUCCCACCAGCUGGUACACAAAUUAUUGAUGAAGCCACUAACCAAUGGAUUCAGACAUUAUUAAUACAGCCAAACAGAUUAAAAAUGAGGCGGGAAAUUCGAGAAAUGCCGAGAAAGAACCUCCAUGAUUUCUUCAGAGCCCUCAAUAUUAUGAAGAACGAUCGGUCCCUCAGGCCCAAUAAAUACGAUGCUCUCUGUAAUUUCCAUGCAAUUCUAAAGAAUAUCGCCCAUGAAGGACCAGGUUUUCUCGGAUGGCACCGAAUAUACUUAAUUCUGCUAGAAAACGCACUAAACCAAAUAAUUCCUGGUAUUAACAUUCCAUACUGGAAUAAUACUCUUGAUAACAGUUUGUUUGACCCGACACAAUCUUCAAUAUUUUCAGACCAUUUUAUUGGAAAUGGUCGUGGACUGGUCACUGGUGGUCCUUUUGCAGGAUGGUUUACACCGCAUGGACCCUUACAUCGCAAUAUUGGACGUGUAAACCGGCUGAUGACAACCAGAGAAGAGGAAAACAUUAUGUUGCGUUUUUAUUUAGAAGACAUUACGUACCCACAUGCUCCGAACUGGACAAAUAUUGAGAAAAUGCACAACCAUGUUCACACAUGGGUCGGUGGACAAAUGGGUAAAGUAGAAUCAGCAUGUUAUGACCCGAUGUUUUGGAUACACCAUGCAUAUAUCGACUGCAUUUGGGAGAAAUUCCGUACCAAACAGCGAAUGCACGAUAUUGACCCCAGUAGCGACUAUCCUUUCUUUUCUUACGGCAAACAGACGCAUGCUCCAAAUUCGCAAAUUGGAUUUGGUUGGUUGCUAGUACGACAUGCUGUGCAUGAAUACUUCUCACAUAAUUUCUACCAAUGUGCACCAACACCUUCUUGCUCAAGAUCUCAACCAAACUGCGGUUCUAGUUAUCUGAAAUGUGAUCUAACACGUGAUAUUUGCGUCCCGCUAGUGAAUCUACCGAACUUGUAGAAGGAUGGCCAGUAAAAGACGAAGAGGAGGGAAA